GCUGCCUCCUCCGUCACGGGGACGCGCCCGCACUCACACGCACACACCCGCCGCGCGGCCAGGCCACCGGCCAGCCUCUCUGCCUCUCUCCCCCCUCUCUUCUCUUUCCUCUUCCUUUCUUAAAACUCCAUUUUCCUUUUAGAAAAUUCCGUUAACACCCGUUUCACCGUUAAACUGCCCCCCCGGACAGCAGCGGGAGAAGCGGCCAACGGGCCGGACAGACACCGGAUUACCGAGUUUGCCGUGAUUCACCAGCCUGCCUGCCAGCCAGCAGCGGGCCGCAACUUUCCUUCAUUUUGUUUCACUUUUUAACUCUUUUCUCCGACGGUUAAAUUUACCGGACGGUGACGUCAGCCCCGUGAAAAGUUGGGAAGCAGCUGCCACCGCCGCCGUUACACCGGAGGAAACCGACGUAAGCCCCUCACCGGAACCAGAAACACGGCUGUGUCACCGGCGGACCGGCCCAUCUGCCCGGUUUGUUUGUUUGUUUGUUUGUUUUGUUUUUCUGAUGGGGACCGUGUGAGCGGACCAGCGCGUGGCCUCCACGAGAUUCACCGUUUCCUCCGGUCAGGUAGAGGUGGGGUGGGCGGAGCUGAGUGAUGGCGGGCGCGUCGGUUAAGGUGGCGGUGCGAGUUCGCCCGUUCAACUCCCGAGAGACGGGACGCAACGCCAAGUGUGUGAUCCAGAUGCAGGGAAACACCACCUGUAUCUCCAACCCCAAACAGCCCAAAGAUGGAGCCAAGAACUUCACCUUCGACUAUUCCUAUUGGUCACACACAACGCCUGAUGACCCCAGCUUUGCGUGUCAGAAGCAGGUGUAUAAAGACAUCGGAGAAGAGAUGCUGCUGCACGCCUUCGAAGGAUACAAUGUGUGUAUUUUUGCGUACGGUCAGACGGGAGCAGGAAAGAGCUACACCAUGAUGGGCAAACAGGAGCCUGGACAGGAAGGGAUCAUACCACAGCUGUGUGAGGACUUGUUCCAGAGAACAGGAGCAAACGACGAUCCUGACCUCACAUACUCUGUGGAGGUGUCCUACAUGGAGAUCUACUGCGAGCGGGUUCGGGAUCUGUUGAACCCGAGCGCACAUGGGACUCUGCGGGUUCGGGAGCAUCCCAUCCUGGGGCCAUACGUAGAGGAUCUGUCCAAACUGGCUGUGACCGGAUUCACCGACAUCCGGGACCUGAUGGACGCCGGCAACAAAGCUCGGACGGUUGCUGCCACAAACAUGAAUGAAACAUCAUCCAGGUCGCACGCCGUCUUCACUAUCGUCUUCACCCAAAAACGACGAGACCAGAUGACCAGCCUGGACACUGAGAAGGUCAGUAAGAUCAGUCUGGUCGAUCUGGCUGGAAGCGAACGAGCCGACUCCUCGGGGGCAAAAGGGACUCGGCUCAAGGAAGGAGCGAACAUCAACAAAUCUCUGACCACGUUGGGGAAGGUUAUAUCAGCUCUGGCCGAGAUGCAGAGCAGUAAGAAGAGGAAAAGUGAUUUUAUUCCCUACAGAGACUCUGUUCUGACUUGGUUACUGAAGGAGAACCUGGGAGGAAACUCUCGGACGGCCAUGAUUGCUGCUCUCAGUCCUGCUGACAUCAACUAUGAAGAAACACUGAGCACUCUGAGGUAUGCUGACCGUGCCAAACAGAUCCGUUGUAACGCUGUGAUCAAUGAAGAUCCAAACGCCAAACUGAUCAGAGAGCUGAAGGGGGAAGUGGAACGACUGAGAAACCUGCUGUUCUCCCAGGGCCUGCAGGAGCUGCUGGACAACGCUGUCAACACCAACGGGACUGUCGGAGCUGUCGCAGGUGUGUCGUCUCCACUGCCGCUGGCGAUCACAGCCAAUGGCGUCGCACCUGAGAAUGGCUCCGCCUCUCCAGGCGCUGAGCCGACGUCCGCGGGCGACAUACCCGCUGACUCGAACCACACGAUGGAGGACGGAGAGGAAGGAGAGGAGGCGGUCACCACGGAGACCAUCAGUAAAGAGGAAGCAGCUGAGAGACUGCUGGAGACGGAGAAGAUCAUCGCUGAACUCAACGAGACGUGGGAAGAAAAACUACGAAAGACAGAAUCUAUUCGUCUGGAGAGAGAGGCCCUGCUGGCAGAGAUGGGCGUGUCCAUUAAAGAAGAUGGAGGAACGCUUGGCGUCUUCUCUCCUAAAGGAACGCCUCACCUGGUCAACCUGAACGAGGACCCUCUGAUGUCAGAGUGUCUCCUCUAUUACAUCAAGGAGGGAUUCACCAGGGUUGGACAGCAGGAUGUGGACAUUAAGCUGUCCGGUCACUUCAUAAAGGAAAUUCACUGUGUGUUUGUCAGUGAGACCAACGACCAGGGAGAGGUGAUCGUCACUCUGGAGCCGUUGAUCGGAGCUGAAACGUACGUCAACGGGAAACAGAUCACCGAAGCUGUCAUCCUGAGGCAAGGGAACCGCAUCGUGAUGGGGAAGAACCACGUGUUCAGGUUCAACCACCCGGAGCAGGCUCGGCUGGAGAGGGAGCGCAGCGUGACGGCGGAUCAGCAGGGGGAGCCGGAGGACUGGAACUACGCUCAGAGAGAGCUGCUGGAGAAACAAGGCAUCGACAUCAAACUGGAGAUGGAGAAGAGGCUGCAGGACAUGGAGGUUCAGUACCGUAAAGAGAAGGAGGAGGCUGAUCUGCUGCUGGAGCAACACAGACUGUAUGCAGACAGUGACAGCGGUGAUGAUUCGGACAAACGUUCCUGUGAGGAGAGCUGGAGACUGAUCUCAUCUCUGAGAGAGAAACUUCCUGCCAACAAGGUGCAGUCUAUAGUGAAGCGCUGUGGUCUACCCAGCAGUGGGAAGAGGAGGGAGCCUCUGAGAGUCUAUCAGAUCCCUCAGAGGAGGAGGAUCAGCAAAGAUCCCAAACGGGUCACCAUGGAGGAUCUCCGCAUGCAGGCGGUCAAAGAGAUCUGCUACGAGGUCGCUCUGGGAGACUUCCGCCACUCCCGUCAGGAGAUCGAGGCGUUGUCCAUCGUCAAGAUGAAGGAACUCUGCCGCAUGUACGCCAAGAAAGACUCGAACGAGAAGGACAGCUGGAAGGCGGUGGCCCAGGACGUCUGCGACACCGUGGGCAUCGGAGAGGAGAGGAGCCCCCCCGCCGAGGAGGGCGGAGGAGGAGGAGAGACGGUGGAGGGCGGCGGACAGAAAGGAAAGGUGUACGACCUGAAGGCUCACAUCGACAAGCUGACGGACAUUUUGGAGGAAGUGAAGCUGCAGAACAACAUGAAGGACGAGGAGAUCAAAGCUCUGCGAGACAGAAUGAUCAAGAUGGAGAGCAUCAUACCCGUUCAGGACGAUGACGUGAACGGCGGCGAAGAAGGAGGCGGGAGUCCUCAGAGAGACGGGAGCGGGGGCGGAGCCGGCGACGGCGGCGGCGGCGGCGACGUCCCCCACGCGCCGGAGGUCAGAGUUCAGCGGCUGAUGGACGAGGACCCGGCGUUCAGGAGAGGACGCCUCCGCUGGCUGAAACAGGAACAGCAGCGAAUCCUGAACCUGCAGCAGCAGAACAUCACCAAGAAGCUCCGAGGACUGAACCAGAACCAGGGUGGUCAGACGACCCCCACUGUUCCUGUUCACCUCCCCGGGACCGGACGCUUCAUCCCUCCCCAGGAGUGCAAGCUCAAGUUCCCCUUCAAGAGUAACCCCGCCCACCGGUUGUCAUGGGGACCAGCCAGCGCCGCCCUGCAGGCUCUGGGUCUGGGGGAGUGUGGAGGGGAGGGGGUGGAGUGGAGGGAGGAGGGGGGAGACAGAGGAGGGGAGGGUAAAAGCUCUCCUUCACCACCUCCUCCUCCUCCUCAGGGUCAUCCUCCUGCUCUCUUGCCCCUCCCCUUCCAGGUUCCGCCCCCCCGCAUGCGCACCCCCAGCCCUCAUCGCGCCUGGCAACAGCGUAACCAGGGCAACCAGGGCGGCUACCAAUACCACCACCAGGGCGGCAACCAAAACCAACAGCGGCGCUAUCGCCGCAACUCUCUGGACAGCUCCACCCACAGCAACAGUAACUACGACAACGAGCAGCAUCAUGGCAGUGGUCACCAGGGGCGACCGAGACAGAGGAGGAGGAUGUCACCUGGACCAGGGGAGGAGAGAGGUGGAGGAGGAGGAGGAGGAAGAGGAGGAGGAGGAGGAAGGGACAGAGACAGAGACAGAGAUGGGAACUUCCACUAUAAUCAACGUCAGCACCAUCAGUACCACCACCAUCCCUACUACAACCCCCACAAUGCACCAUUCCAGCCAGGACCUUACCCCAACUACCACAGCCUGCCGCGCUCCGGGGCCCCGCCCCCUCCCGCCGACAUGAUGCUGGGGGCGGGGCCACCGCCGGGUGGGUGGGGCUUCACCACCCCGCCGCGGAUGAGACGGCAGUUCAGCGCGCCGGACCUCAAAAACAACAACAAGGAAACCCCCAUCUGACCUUUGACCUCUGAAACCCUGGAGUCUGACCCCGGGCCUCGGUCACACGGAGAGUUCUGAUUGGCUGGAGGACAGAGGGCGGUCCCAGAUGCUGUAGAGAAUAGGCUGUGUGUGUGUAUGUGUGUUUGUGUGUGUCUGUCUGUGUGUGUGUGUGUGUGUGUGUGUUUCAGCACUUUUUGCUUCAUGCACAACCAGAAGAGUCUCUCACACACACACACACACACACACACACACACACACACACACACACACACACACACACACACCUGUAUCCCCAGUCCUGCUGUGUGUGUGUGUGUGUGUGCUGGCUUGCUCGUAGCCUUUUACGUUAGCUCGAGUUAGCUGUUGUGUAACCAUAGCAACACUGUUUUAGGAAACUGUCAAACAGGAUGGAAGUUUAUUGAUAUAGUUGUAUUGGUUUUAUUGAUCCGGUUCUGAUCAGGUGUUAGCUCCUGAGGCUAGCUGCCAUUAGCAGAAUUGAUUAUUGUGACUGUUUUUUACUAAAGGUGAAGUACGCGGGUUUGAUGGGUGUUUGUAUGUAAAAAGGGGCUUUUAGCUGCUGUUAGCCCAGGAGGCUAACUAGCCUGCUUCAGCCUGAGAGGUCUGUGUUAGCUCAGGCUAGUUAGCUCGGCAGGCUAGUGAGUUACUCGGUAAAGGGCUACAGAAGUUCAGAACAGGUGAAAGUAUUAGCCUAGCUUAGCGUAGCCUAAUGAAGGUAGCAUUCAAGUUGUAUGGGAGUGACAGUUUGUACGACUUAAAACCAAAUUUAUUAAUUUAUCUGAUUUAUUUGUCAUUAAAGUCCAGCUGAACGCCCCCCAAAAAACCCCUUUAUAUUUGUUAUUUUAACAACAAGGCUAGUUGGCUAAUUAGUUAGCUGCAGCAUGUUAGCAGCUUAAAACGUCCCUGCAAAUCUCAUUUCAGUCAGUUUAGAUGCACCGCUCAGAAAACGCAGCGACAUCGGCGCGUAAACUACAUGUUUGUUUACGUCAUGGUUCACUCAGUAAAUAAAUAAAUAUCACUUGAGUGUGAUUUUUGACAUUAAAAAACAGACUUUUAUGAUUUCAGUUGGACUGAAACAGAUUAAAAUGAUGGAUGUUCCCAUGUAAAA